UUUCUGAGUCGAGAAGAUUUGAUAGAAAAGCUACGAGCAGAAAAAUUCGACGCGUAUUUUGGUGAACAAAUUAAUCUUUGUGGACAUGGAUUGGCCUACAUAUUGGGGAUCAAAUCGCAUUUUUGGGUGUCCAGUUGCCCCAUCAGCGAUUACAUGGCCUGGCUGCUGGGAAUGCCUCAGCCCUCUUCGUAUAUACCUUCGUUAAUAGGCAUGGAUAUCACCCAUAGACCGACUUAUUGGGAAAGAGCUCAGAACAUUUGGUCAACCUUUCUGUAUGUUCAAUUCGCACGAAGGGGUACAGUUGAGGCCACCGAAAUGUUCCGAAGGCGAUAUGGUGCAGACUUCCCGAAUUUGGAAGCGAUUGCGGCUGACUCCGAUAUGGUAUUCGUGAACACUGAUGAAUUUGUCGAUUUUCCCCGUCCUACCCUUCCUCACGUAGUUCAUAUUGGAGGGCUGGGGGAAGCAAGUUCAUCAAAGAGCCUAAAAUUAAAUGAGAUAUUCUCCGAGCAAAUGGAGAAAGGAUCGAAAGGAGUGGUGUACUUCUCGCUGGGAACGCUCGUCAACACAUCAUCGCUGCCAGCAUUUGCGAUGAGAGCCGUCGUAGAUGCGGUCAAAAAGACUCCUGACUACCAUUUCAUUUUGGUUACAGACAGCAGAGAUCACCACCCCUUACUGCAAGGGAAAAUACCAGCCCCCACGCGAGGGCUGCUGGAGCAUGACAAACUUGUGAAUUACGCUCAAUUUUUGAAGGAAGAUCAGUUUCAGUUCACACGACAUCUUUGUGAAGCUCUGCCAAACGUCUUCCUGUGCAGUUGGGCACCACAAGCUGCACUUCUAAGUAAGUACCAAUUACCAUAUUCUCUCAUCAAAAUUUGUCAUCCCCGUUUACAAGCUUUUAUAACGCACGGUGGGUACAACAGCAUUAUGGAGGCAUCACGAUAUGCUGUACCGCUGGUAACCAUACCAUUUUACUUUGAUCAAGUCAGGAACAGCCGUGCAGCAGAAUUGAAUGGCUGGGGAAUUCCAGUAAACCGAUUCUCUCUUCGUGAUAAUCCAGACGGCCUUUAUCAAGCCUUACAUGCUAUUCUCAGUCAUAAAAGGUAUGUAGGUAGUUACUGUUGUAUCGAUUACAAAAUGGAAUAA